AUGAACAGGGGAGGAGGUGAUGUGGAGGUGGAGGUGAUGAGGAGGGGUGGAGGUGGAGGUGAUGAGGUGGUGAGGAGGCCCCGGCCCCCAGCACCAUGCCCCCAACUCCCAGCGCCUACCCCAACUCCCAGCCCCCGGCCCUCAGCCCCAUUCCCCCAACCCCCAGCCCCUACCCCAGCCCCAAGCACCACGCCCCCAACCUCUAGCCCCAAGCCUCCAACCCCUCACCCAGGAGCGCGGCCCCCAAACCCCAGCCCCUACCCCAGCCCCAAGCCCCCAACCUCUAGCCCCAAGCCUCCAACCCCCAGCCACUACUCCAGCCCCAAGCCCCCAACCUCUAGCCCCAAGCCUCCAACCCCCAGCCCCUACCCCAGCCCCCAACCCCCAGCCCCUACCCAGCCCCAAGCUCCCCCACCUCUACCCCAAGCCUCCAACCCCCAGCCCCCGGCCCCCAGCCCCAAGCCCCCAACCCCCAGCCCCAAGCCCCCAACCUCUAGCCCCAAGCCCCCAACCCCCAGCCCCAAGCCCCCAACCUCUAGCCCCAAGCCCCCAACCCCCAGCCCCUACCCCAACCCCCAGCCCUUACCCCAGCCCCAAGCCCCCAACCUCUAG